AUGUCGCGAGGCCAUGGUUUUCUCCUUUUCGCCGUUUUCACUGCCUUGAUUUUUCGUCCGUUUGACGAUUGGACCUUCGCAUUCACCGGAACAUGGAGCCGAUCCUCUGUGUCGCCGUCGGUAUCUCUCCGCUUCAACGAUGCCAGCAAAGACCGUCUUCCGACAUCGCAUUCUGAGUCGAAUUCGAAGUUGGAAUUGAGACCUUUCGAAGUGGAACACCUGCAGAAAGAUGAGAAAGAUCCAGAGACUGAGUCCGACCAUUUCUUCAUUCCUUCCGACUACGACGACUUGCCCCGGCGCUUCGACCGUGAGCUUCUGCUCAAUUUUUUCAGCUCCAAACCCACAGAGAUCGCCUGGCGUUGGUCGGAAAUCGUGCAAGAGCUUUGGCCAACCUGGGACCUGUGGCAUCGUGAGGAACGUUUGCAGAAGAAGAAGCGUACUCGUGGUGCCAAGCUGCGGACGGCCCUCUCUCGCUUGGGGCCCGUCUUCGUGAAAAUCGGGCAGACUCUGUCUGAACGGCCAGAUCUGAUUGGUGAUGAGGCAGCAGAGGAAUUGAAGCUUCUUCAGCAGGAGAAUGUGGAGUUCAGCACUGAGUUGGCCUUUGCGACGAUUUUGGAAGAUCUGAACCACACAGGGGUCCUGAGUGCCGAAAUGCCUCACGCCUACCGGCACGAUCCGAAUGGAGCUCCACUGUUUCAGUCCAUCAGCCACCGGCCCGUGGCUGCGGCCUCUUUGGGACAAGUCUACAAGGCUACCACGCUCGAUGGGCGGACGGUGGCGGUGAAGGUCCAGCGCCCCGGCAGUCUGAAGCAGGUUGCGCUGGAUUGGACAUGUUGGGCUUUGGGACUUGGCGUGAUGGACUUGUAUUGGGGAGGCCAAGGUGAUGAGUAUCCAAAAAUUGCCGAUGAAGUGGCCGAAGGUGUCUUCAAGGAGUUGGAUUAUCACAACGAGGCACGGAACGCGGAGCUUUUCCUCAAGAAGCAUCGUUUCUUGCCCUUCGUCACUGCACCACAAUGGGUACCCGAGCUCACCGGGCCGAAGGGCACGGCGCGCGUGCUGACCUUGGAAUGGAUCAACGGACGAAAGCUUCAGGAGAUUGAGAGUGAAGAGGAGAGGAUGAAAAUGGUAGACAUGGCAGUGGAGGCUUGUGUUUCCUCCCUGGUCUUUACUGGCUUUGUACACGCAGACCCUCAUGCUGGCAACUUGAUACUUACAGAGGAUGGCCGCCUUGCAUUUCUGGACUUUGGUCUCAUGGGAACUGUUGAGCCUCAUGUCAUGGAAGGCUUUGCAGCUGGGAUUCAGCACUUGUUGGCCGAACGAUGGCUGCUUUUGGCCAAAGUCAUGCAAGAUGUUGGCUUUAUGGCUGUGGGGGAGACGGGCGGCUUCAAGAAAGUCAUUGACCCCACAGCACGGAUCUUUGAAUAUACAUCGUGCCCGGAUGAAGAGUUUGCGGAAGCUCUGGAAAAGAGUAUGAAAGAAGAAGAAGGUGGUUUGAGUCGAUUUGGAGCACUUGCCACAGCCCUUACCAAGCUGUCGAACAACUACCACAUGGUGAUGCCGGGCUACAUCAUUCUCUUCAUUCGGACUUUCCUCACCUUGGAGGGAAUUGCUGGUGUAGUGCGGCCAGACUUUAACAUCUACGAAGCCUCAUUGCCCUACGCCAUGCAGAGAGCGCUCUCACCAAAGACAAAGGCUGCGGUAGAAGCUUUGCGGGAGAACUUCAUCACAGAAUCAGGUGCUCCACAAUGGGACACCUUCGAUACCUUGAUUGGCUCUUCUGAUUCUUCAAAUUCCACAGCUGCAACGGGCAGCUCGAGCUCCAGCUCCAGCUCCAGCGUGUCCUAUGGAGAGAUCUUGCAGCGCGUGCUGGGAUCCCCUGAGGGCUUUGCGCUGCGACGAAUCUUUGCCGACCUGGACGCCAACCAAGCACUACAAGGCCUUGCCGGGCCCAGAGGUCUUUCCUUUCGAGAAGUGGCCUCGGAGGCCUUGGCCGAAGAGCUUCGUUCUCCGUGGCGCCUGGUGAAACGCAGCGCCCAAGCGCUGCGGCAGCGGCUCCGACGCGUUCCGACUCGGAAAGCUCGGCCCGUCCCCACGGCGGUGGACACGGUGCGUUCGGCCCGACGGGAGAAGUGUUUGAAGACGAUCGGCGCUUUGCAACUGCAGAAGUUCAAUGGGCGAACUGCUGCAGUGGCUGCACUGGCCUCCAUGAGCAUCUUCCUCCGAAUCUCCUUCUGGGCCCUUGUGAAGGCCUUCCGAUUUUCGACCAAACGAUUUUCCAAUGCUGGGCCACUGUAA